CAAAAAACAAAAAAAAAAAAAGAAAAAGAAAAAAAAAACUUCUCUCUCUGUCUUUCUCUCACGUUCUUGCACGCCACUCAGCCACAAGACAACACGCAAGGGAGAGAGAUUUAUCUCUCAAUUCUCUCUCUAUUCUCUCUCUUUUUUUGUUGUUUUGAGUAAUGGAGUUUCAAUCUGCGGCUCUCUGCGGCCUUCUCUUGGCUUCCAUUUCCGCUCUCAUUUUCUUCUUCGCUCACCUCAGAUUCAAUAAUGGAAUAUCCAACAAAACCAACACUGACAACAUGAUCAAGAAGAAGAAGAUCUUCAUCGCCGGUUCCCGUGCCGCCGUCAACCCGCCGUCGGAAAAUGUCCAAUCCAACGAACCCGAUGUCGUCAUCGUCGGCGCCGGAGUCGCUGGCGCCGCCCUCGCUUAUACUCUCGCCAAGGAUGGACGAAAAGUUCAUGUAAUCGAAAGAGACUUAGCGGAGCCAGAGAGAAUCGUGGGGGAAUUGCUUCAACCCGGCGGCUAUCUGAAGCUGAUCGAAUUAGGGCUUGAAGACAGUGUGAAUGGGAUCGAUGCGCAGCAGGUGUUUGGAUAUGCGCUGUACAAGGAUGGGAAGCACACCAAAUUGGCUUAUCCUUUGCAAAACUUUGAUUCCCAUGUUUCUGGGAGAAGCUUCCACAAUGGCCGUUUCAUUCAGCGGUUGAGGCAAAUGGCUGCUUCUCUUUCCAAUGUAAGACUGGAACAGGGGACUGUAACAUCCAUAGUUGAAGAAGAUGGGACUGUGAAAGGUGUGCAGUACAAGACCAAGAAUGGCCAAGAGUUGACAGCUUAUGCUCCCCUCACCAUUGUUUGCGAUGGCGGAUUUUCGAAUUUGCGCCGCAACCUCUGCAAACCUCAGAUUGAUAUUCCCUCCUGCUUUGUUGGAUUGGUCCUGGAGAACUGCAAGCUGCCCUUUGAAAAUCAUGGACAUGUCGUGCUAGCAGAUCCGUCACCUAUCUUGUUGUACCCUAUCAGCAGCACAGAGAUACGCUGCUUGGUCGAUAUCCCGGGCCAGAAAGUUCCUUCUGUAGCUAAUGGUGAAAUGGCACACUACUUGAAGACCGUUGUGGCUCCUCAGGUACCACCCGAGUUGCACGCCUCCUUCAUUGCUGCGAUCGAGAAGGGAAACAUUAAAAGCACAACAAACAGAACCAUGCCAGCAGCACCACGUCCCACACCAGGAGCACUUCUCUUGGGGGAUGCAUUCAACAUGCGACAUCCUUUAACGGGCGGAGGAAUGACGGUCGCUCUGGCUGAUAUCGUUGUGCUACGAGACCUUCUUCGACCUCUUGCAAAUUUGAAAGAUGCCGAUGCAUUGUGCAACUAUUUUGAAUCCUUCUACACUUUGCGCAAGCCAGUGGCAUCUACAAUAAACACAUUGGCAGGUGCCUUAUACAAGGUGUUCUGUGCCUCACCUGAUCCAGCCAGGAAGGAAAUGCGAGAAGCUUGUUUCGACUAUUUGAGUCUAGGAGGCCUGUUUUCAUCCGGUCCAGUGGCUCUUCUCUCCGGUCUUAACCCACGCCCGUUAAGCCUGUUCUGUCACUUCUUCGCUGUCGCUAUAUACGGUGUCAGCCGCUUGCUAAUCCCAUUCCCUUCGCCCACUCGCAUAUGGAUCGGAGUUCGGUUGAUUACGGGAGCAGCAGGCAUCAUUUUUCCCAUAAUAAAGGCUGAAGGAGUGAGACAAAUGUUCUUCCCUGCAACAGUGCCUGCAUAUUAUAGAGCCCCUCCUAUGAACUGAAAAAUUGAAAAGGAAAAGGUAAAACAAAAUAAAGCAACAAAAAUGAGAAAAUUGAUUGUACUGAGUAAACAUAUACCUCCCAAAAGCACAAAGAAUUGAAGGGGGCAAAUGCUACUGAUAGGAAAAUGAACUUCAAAACUGUAGAAUGUCACCUCUAUCAUUAUUUUUCCUUCUCUCUCUCUCUAUAAAACUUCCUUCAUAACUUUGUACUUUGUGCUUUAGAGUUUUCUUUUUUCUUCUUCUUCAUUCUUUUUACAUAAUGUUACUGCUAUAGCAAAUGUUGUGAGGGAAAUAAAGUUAAAAAAGUUUUGUGCAA